AUGUGUCUAAACAAGCCAUCGGACACCAGUGAGGCCCCUGCCAUUACUCUCAGCGCUGAACGCCGUGGAGCAUUUGGAGUUCUGGAUCGCAUGAAACGCAUGUUAGCCAGCGGGCAGCUCAGCGAUAUAAAGUUCGCCGUGGGACGCCAGUUUGGCACUGAGAAAGUCUUCCCCGCGCACAAGAAUAUUCUGUGCAACAGCAGCGAUGUGUUCUACUCCAUGAUUUGCAACAGCGUGGCUGAAUCGUGUCCGUUGGUUAUUCACUUUCCCGACAUUCCGUCCGACGCGUUCGCCAAUCUGCUCAGUUAUGUGUACACUGAUUCGGUUGAAGACAUCAACGCAGACACUGUUUUUCCAACAAUGCACUGCGCGGACAAAUUCGGUUUGCCCUUGCUGGUGGACACCUGUUGCGCUUACAUCACCGAACACCUGAAUGCGGAUAACUGCCUGACCACGCUGGAAAACGCCAACCGUUGUGGCUCUGAUCACGUUGCGAUCGUGCAGAAGUGCCUGGAAAUCGUGGACGCUUCCAGCGAGACCAUUCUACUGUCGGAGCAGUUUAGCAACAUGGGACACGACUGUCUCAUGAUGAUCCUACAGCGUUCGUCUCUUACCGUCAACGAGAAUAUCGUGUAUAUGGCAGUGCACAAGUAAGGACUGUUACAGAAUUAGCA